UAGUAAAUUUGAUACGGAUAAAUAUGCUUAUGGAAAUUAAUCGAAUUCAUCACCAGAACAACGUUAUCCCAGAUUUUUUAAACAAGAAAUUUCAAUUAGCAGAAAAUAUGGAUUUUCUAGAAGGAGCGAACUUACGUCGAUCGAAGAAAACGAGGCGGGGCAAGAAAAAGAACAGGAACUUCCGCGAUAUUCACGAGGUUAGUGAAAUGAAAGGAAAUCUCGAAAAUUGUUUAAGCUGUGAAAGACUCUCGCCAUAUGAUGGCGACUCGGAAGGCGUAUCCCCAGUGAAAAAGUAUCGCCAGCGACAAGCCAAGGGUAACAGAAGGCGCCAAACGAUUUUGAGACCCAAAUAUAGCCCUAAAGCUCCCCACAACUCUACACAGUUUUUGAUGGAUGAUCAUUUUUCAUACAGUUGCGAGUUUCUUGGUUUUGAGUCCCCUGAUCCCUGGGGCCAGCGCCUUCAAUAUUCAGACGACUCGGAUGCGUCCAUUGUUGAACCACCCGAGGCAGCAGACGAUUCUUUGUUGUUCCAGAUGGACGAUUUAGAUGAUUCUAUUAAUAGUGCUGAUGAGGACACCAAGGCUUUUAUGGAGAAAGACUUUGAAGAUGCUUACAAUUCUAUUCAAAUUGAUGAAGCAUCUCGUCUGAGCAAAUCGGAACUUAUUUCAGCUAUUUGUUCAAUGGAAUCUAAAGCUGAAAUUUUGGAAAAAGAAUUGGAAUGUUCCCCUACCCAUGUUCAGUUCACUGAAGUAAAAACCAGACGUCAAAGGAAAAAGGGAGUGAUAAAUCAGCUCAAAAGAGAAAAUCUCAAUCUUCAAAGGGAAAAUGAACAGUUAAAAAGAAUGUUGCUUGCUGUAUCUUGUAGCUAAAAAAAUGUUUAAAAAUGAAAUUUGUCAAAUGUAAAACAAUCCAGUGCUAUAUUGAAAGUUGACUAUUUUAUUUUAACAGCUCAGCUGUGUAAAACAACUCUCAAAUUCAAAAACGAUUUAAAACAAAAUAUUUUUUAAUCCAAUUAUAUGUACCUUUUAAGAAACUAUUAAAAUUGUGUUUUAUCCAUGUAUUGAGUGUAUUCCAUUCUAAUGCCUACAAGUUUUAUUUUUCAGUCGAGGACGUACAUCGAAACUAAGGGCACACUGUACCGAGGUGGCCGAAGGGGCCCCCUAUAGGGUGCAGUACCUCCUCAAUCUAAACUAAGCCCAGGGUGAAAAUCCAAGCAUUUAUUGCACCCCCUCCAGAUAUGCAGACAACCAUCAUCUGGCAAGCUUGGAUACCUCCAGCAUGGAGUGACUGGAAUUUGCUGUCCCCCGAUGAACAGAUUCGUCUAGAACAGUAACGCACUCUUGGAGGCUUUCCAACAUUUCCUGCCCUGCUGUUGCUAUUGAAAGAUAAAUAUUUUGAAUUUAUGAACAUGUCUGUAUAUAUUAUGCUUUUUUUUCCAGGUCUGAAUUUAUUUCAGGUUAGUAUGUAAUAUAUUUUGCCAGCAGAAAUCUUCAAAUAAACCUUUCGGUGAAAAAGAUCCUUCUUACUAAGAAUUUUCCAGAUGAGAAUAAUAAUUGAUGAAAUACUCAUAUUGAAGAAUUCAAUAAAUUAUGGAAAUGAA